UAAUCUAUAGAGUUUUAAAAUCAAUGAUAUGUGCUGUCAUUUGACAUUUCAUGAAAAAGUGGGAAAAUUUCGUCUAAAAAAAAAUUAAAAUAUUUUGCCACAAAAAUUUUAAGAAAUGUCCAGUUUAACAUGUUUAAUAAACACUUGAAGUUUUGCAUGCUGGUCAAGAUGUCACCAUGGUUUAGUUAAUAUUAGUAAGAUUGUCAUGGAGAGGAACACUGAGGGGGAAAAGUAAAGCCUAUGGAUUCUCAAGUGUGUGUGAUAACCGUAUGGUAUUUACUAUAUAUUGCUUACUCAAAUGCAAUAAAAACUAAAGUGUUUAUUGAUACAGACAAUGUUAUACAGACGAUCCCAGACAGAUUCCUAAGUGUUACCAUAGAUACAGCACAAAUACAGGCAAAUUGGGCAACAUUAAACUUCAGUUCUCCAAAGAUACAGCGCCUAGCUCGAGGUUUAGCACCAUGUUAUCUUCGUGUAGGUGGAUCAUCAGCAGACUUUUUACAAUUCAAUCCUGGGGUACAGAGAGACAAAAACAUUCAAAGAUCAGAAGAGGAAUAUCUAAAAUUCAGUCCAUAUGCAAAGAGAAACAUUCAAUAUGAAGAUAAGCUUACUGAUGCAUUUGAAAUUCAGAAAUUAAAAAAUUUUACCAUGUCAGGUAAGCAGUGGGAUGAGCUGAACCAUUUUGUAGAGAUGGUAGGAUGGGAUCUCAUAUUUGAUUUGAAUGGCCUUUUAAGGCAGAAUGGGCUGUGGCUUCCAGAUAAUGCUAAAUUGCUCAUGGACUACACAACACAGAAAGGAUAUAAAAUUGCUGGAUGGGAACUUGGAAAUGAGCCUGAUGUUUGGAGAGGAUUUGGUUAUAAAAUAAAUGGUUCCCAGCAUGCUGCUGACUAUAGAUUGCUUCACAGGCUUCUAGACAACUAUCCCCAAUGGAGAAACAGUAUUGUUAUAGGACCUAGUGUUACCAUGAUGACAAAUCUUUACACAUAUAUGUAUCUUAAAGAUUUCCUUGAUGCUGGUGGACCAGACAUUGUUUCUCACCCUACAUUCCAUCAUUAUUAUGGACAUGGUCCAGACAUGACUGUUGCUAAGUUCAUGGAUCCUAAACUCCUGGACAGUCUAAAGCAUCAGAUAAAGUUGGUUCAGGGAUUAGCACCAUAUCCGUUAUAUGGCAAAGUCUGGUUAGGAGAAACAAGCUCAGCAUGGGGAGGAGGAGCUGCUGGUUUGAGUGACAGAUAUGUGGCUGGUUUUAUGUGGUUGGAUAAAUUAGGUAUAUCAGCAUCCUUAGGAAUAGAAGCUGUUAUACGACAAGAUUUUUAUGGAAAUAGUUAUGGUUUAAUUGAUCCAACGACGCUAGACCCUAAUCCUGACUUGUGGUCAUCAUUCCUGUUUAAAAUACUAGUUGGAGAAUCUGUAUUGAAUGUCACCAUGGAUGAUCAGUCUGGAUAUGUAAGAAUGUAUGCCCACUGUACUAACACCCUAAGAACUGAUUACAAGCGAGGAAGUAUAACAUUAUAUGGAAUGAACUUGAUGACAGAACCGACAACAGUUGUUUUCCCACAGUUCCAACCUGAUGUCAAACUUUACCUUUAUAUGUUAGAACCUGUUGGUAAAGAUGGAUUGAAAUCACAGACAGUUGCCUUGAAUGGGAAAACAUUAAAAGUGAAUCCUGACUUAACUAUGUCACAAGUCACAGACAUUCCAGAAAUAGUUAAUGGAACAUUCACAUUUCCCCAGCAAUCUUUUGGGUUUAUAGUCAUAUCAGAUGCAAAUGUUGCUGCUUGUAAAAACAAGGUGUGAAAUUGUAAAUGUUCAUUUGACAGCUUUUAUACAAAAUCUCACUACUGGUACUGAAUAUGUUUAACUGUCAUUUGUUUUAUGUUGGACUGAUUCUGAUGCUUGGAUUGUAAAUAUAUUAGUGUUCAAUUUAUAAUUUGUUGUAAUGUUGUUCUUGUGUGAUUUUCUGUUGUUUAUACUGUAUCUUUGGGUCAGUGCAAUGAGGUGUUAUAUAGUAUGUUAUAUAAAAAUGAAUGGAAUAUAACACAUGAGUUAAAACAUCUAGCAAUAAUGUAUACCUCCUUGGAAAAAUUGUUGAAUUGACGUUGGAAUGAUUUUGUAUGACAUUUGACAGUUUAUCCCCAGAAAUAUUUUGGGAUGAGUAAAAUUUUGGAAACAACCAGUUAUAAAAUUUCAAAAAUGUCCAGACAUGAUGGACUUUGGCCUCAGAUUCUGUAGUUAUUUUUCUUAUCUAUGUCUAAACCAGCAGUCUAUGUGCAUAUUAAGUAUCAAAAAUAGACUUUUGGUUUGACAAUACACCAAUUCAACAAAUUCAUCCUAAAAUUGAAAUUAGCACCGCUUGUAGCUAAAAUCUACUGACCAAUAAAUCAAUAAAAAUCUUUUAUAAAGAUUAUUUGAUGGGUGGCAAGAUUUUAGCUAAGACACUAUUUGAGCAAAAAUUUGUCUUUUUACUGCUUAACCCUCAUUGAAAAACUGGAUACUAAAGGCAGCAUGUACUGGUUUUUAAUUAAUAACUUAUUAAUGGGAUAUUCCUAACUGGGAGGUGCUAAACUUCACUCAGGUCUAUGUUCAAAGAAAGGGCAAAGGAAAUCAAAAUGCUACAAGUGGUCACUACAUUGUCUCUUUGACGCAUUCCCCGUUUCCAAUUUCAAUUUAACUUAUUAACAAGACAUUUAUAUUUGUAUUGGAACUGAUGUAAUUAAACCUCUUGUAAGAACAUAUGAUAGAUACACUUAAGUUUUUACAAUGCUAGAUUCUUAUUAUCUACAUGUAUUAUCUUUUUCAUGCAUAAUAUUUUACUUUAUAUUAUAUAAGUUUAUUAAACAUAGUUCUCAAAAAUUA